GAGCAGUGAUAACCGAAUUUCCUUCAGAACGUGCCGCUACUCGACAGAGAAACUACAAGAGACAUACAUUUGUGUUAUAAUUAAAAUAUAUUUGAGGAUUUAUAAAAUUAUUGAAGACAAACAAUUCAAGAUGUUGGACUAUGAAUUUAACCAGAAUGAAGUCAAGAUGAUGAAACGUGGAAAUGAAAGUUUGGUUUCUGCAGGGUAUGAUGGCGUCAGCUCAUCCCUCGCCAUGCCAGAAACACCCAAAGAUGGUAUUGUCGUCAAGGUGGCUUAUCUAGGUGCCUGUUAUUCUGAAGGAUUACGUCGACGAGGUGCCAAACCCUCAUUUCCAGGCAACGAGAUUGGAGGUUACAUACACGAUAUUUCAAACACAGUACCAAACUGUAAUUUCACAAGGGGAGACAAGGUUAUAUUGUUCCCAACAGAAGAUAUCAUAGACCAAGGUUAUGUAGAAUAUAUCGCAGUUGAAGAUACAACACAUGUCAUUCAAGUACCAGAGGAUAUGCCACUAGAGGUCGCCACCAUGUUGCCAGGUUCGGCACUCACUGCUUAUUCUGCUGUAUUAAAAGCUAAACCUCAUGUAGAGAAACUUCAACAAGUUAAACCGUGUGUAAACGUACUGAUAGUUGGAGCAGGUGGUUUAGGAUUAUGGUGCUUACAGCUUGCUCAAUAUCUCAUCAAAUCUUUUGGUCAAAACAAUGUUCGUAUCUUCAUGGCCGACAACAGUAUAGAUAAAUUAUUGGUUGCUAGCGAACAUGGUUGCUAUGACAUCAUACAUUGGAACGAAGAAGAUCACGAACAGUAUAUUGUAGAACGAACCCUGGAUGCUUGCCGCGGUGGUGUGGAUGUCAUUAUUGAUUUAGUCAGUUCACCAAGAACCAAUCAGAGAUCUCUUAAAGUUUUAAACAGAAAUGGUUGUAUAUUGCAGGAAGGACUGAUAUUGGUUGGAGGUGAUAGCAUGUCUAACAGUAAUGUCUCUAUAAGCCUCAACUCUCUCUCAGCCAAACAACAGAGUUUAGUUGGAAUACCAAAAGGAAAUUUGAAUCAACUUUAUGAUUUAUUACAUGCUGUUCAGGAAAAUAAGAUCACUCCUCCCAGCUAUGCCGUAUUCCCAGUUGAAGAUGCCAAUCAGGUGUACGAGGAUAUUCAGGAUUGCCGCAUUACUGGUAGAGCCAUCUUCCGAUUCGUUAACAGUUCAUCUACGAUGGAUAACAGUCCUACAACAACCUACUGAACUAGUGAUAUAAACCAAAGACAAUAAAUAGAAUCUCAAAUAUAAAAAUGCUUCGAUAUUCGUUGCCGUGAUGGCACAAUUUCGCUCUGUGAGGAAUUCAGAUUUCGACCAAUAGAAGAAUAUAGAAUUCAACAGAUACAACUUUGUUGAAAAAAAAAGAAUUUUUUCCAGUUGGCUGUAGCAGUUGAUUCCAUUUAGAAAACAACAUUAUUCUACAAAAACUGAGAAAAGUUCUGAGAAAUAUUUUGAAUUUUACAGCUUUAUCAUGUUACUAUAUUAUAUGUGUUACUAAGUGUUACUAACAAACAAAAAAACUCCAAAAAUUGUCAAACAUUUUGAUAUAAUUAGGGCAUUUAUAAAGUGCUAAUUCAUGAGACAAUCAAUGACAAAUGCAUUAAUUGGUGAUCGCUAGAUAUUUAAUAAUACUGAUGUGAAUUAAUAUGGUGUAAAAAUGGAAGUGCUAGGUGAAAGAUGAUAUAGAUACUGAGAAAUAUAAGAAGUGUUGGAGGGCACGGUUGUUGCUGGAGAUAUAGGGGAGGGUUUGUAGAUAAUUGCUGCAUGACGCAGUAAAUCAUAUAGUGCAGGGAGCAGAGACUGAAGAGAAAUGCCUAGUCUGAUUCUAUCUUGUAUCUGAGAUUGUCAUUCUUUACUAAUAUCGGACAGCAUGCAAGAGGAGAGACAAAGUUGGUAGACCUGAAGUUAUAUUAACAUUGUAAAAUGUAUGCUAUCAAUCAGGAUCAGUUGAUUAAGAAUUGGGCAGGGCAUUUCCGGUAGAAACUUUCCAGGAUAAAUUAUGGAUGUAGUCUUAAUCCGGUUUAUUUUUUAUUGUCUGUGAUGUUUAUUUAUAGAAAUAGGAAUGAUGCAUUUUGGGAAAUGGAAGACUGAAAUAGUCAAGUUUAAAAGGAUUUGGUAGUAAGUUGAGAUAAAUUAAAAACAUUAGUAGAGGAUGAAUAUGGUACAGGUGUAAAAAAAAAAAAUGGAUUCCUAAAUUUUACAAAAUGCAUUAAUCAAGGAAAUGUGCAUUGCAAUCAAAAUAUGCACUACUGAAGUUAGUCCGAAACCUGUUGACUUUAAUGUAGCUGUUAGUUUGCAGAUGUCUGCAUGGUUCUCAUUUAGCCAGCAAAGGUCUGGUAGUUUCAGACUAUCUUCUAACCGAUGUUAUGUAAAAAGUACUUCAUUUCAUUUUGUAUAUAAGUCAUCGAGUUCAUCAUAUAGUGAUGCAGAUUCGUUAAAAUAUUAAUUUGAUGUUGGAAAUCAUGAAGAGAAUUUUGAAGUUAUGAUUGGUUACCAUAGUAACAGAUUUAUAAUUCUUAUAUUGGAUCUAAUAGUUAAAAAUCAGAAAAUUUAGUUUUAUUGAAGCUUGCCAAAACUAUUGGAGAAAAAGUUAUGGCGCAUCAGCUACCUUAUAAAGGUGAAGGUCGUGUAGAUUACUAUGGUAACCAAAGGUUGUGCUAUAUUAUUAUUAUUGUAAAUAUUUGUUUUAUGUUGUUGUUUUUUUGUACUGAAUGAGCGAUUGAAAGAUGAUGUUAACUUUAUAAAAAAAAAUGAAAAUACUAAAAAGAAAAAUUAAAAUUUGAAAUAAAAAAAA